AUGAGCUGCAGGAUCGAGGAAGAACGGUUCACUGCCGCAGCAGCUCAUAUCGCAUACAAAGAGGAACUCAAAACUAUCGGAUCCGCUUUAAGGAGAUCGGUCGAAACCGAUUCCCAUGUCGAGUCUUUCGUGUAUCCCCCAAGAAGUCAAACCCCCACCGAGCCUCAUACUUCGACCGAGAAGUCGACCCUAUCUUCCUCGUCUCGUUCUCUAUCGCACAAUGUGGACGCAACUUCAAACACAUCACCAUCUCCUUCGACACCUGUAUCGGCCACUCAGUACCAAUCCCGUUACAUGAAAUUUGAGGGUUCGUUUUCGAGGAAAGUCGAAGAGAAACCCUCCGUGCCUAUCGUUGUAUCUGUUUCUUCGGUACCCCCGCCGAGUACUACCCCUCGUUUCUCCACCGAAGCGCCGGACGAAUCGCCUUCCGAAACACCGGGGCCCGCAGAAGCUGCUCCGCCACCAUGGGAUUAUUUCGGUCUUUUUCAUCCUAUUGAUAAUCAAGAAGUGAGGGGAUUCGAUCUGGGCUCGGAGAAAUCCGAUCAUACCGCGGAGAAUGAACGAGUCACCGAGAUCGAAGAUGUAGUAGAGGAUAAAUUCUCCUCGGACGAAUCGGAGGAUGAAUUCGGCGACGAGCCAUCCCCAGCAACACUCGUUCGGAGUUUUAAAAAUGUUGUCAACGGUGAUUCGUCCGAAAUCAAGCCUUUGAGUUUUGAAAAUUCGAGCAACAAAUCGCCUGCCAAGCCAUCGAAAAAUCCGCCGCCGCGAAAACGACCAUCCACUCCGACGCUAGACGACAAAUCAUGA